GAAACCGGAAGUAAGAGGAAAGCUCCGACCAACAACAAACACAAGCCGUGCACAUGCAUUUAUUUCCAAGCCGCAUUAAAAAAUGGACUCAAGGAAUUUAAGUAACCAGUCGAGCUGCGUGUUUUUUAACUCUCUCUCAGAGGACUAUCGAUGUGUGGUGAUUUUAUCAGUGAAACGAGCCACGGGAACCUUCUCCUUACUCGGAUGUGUUUUCAUGCUGUUUGUAAUCUGGCUGCUCCGACGGUAUCACUCCCCGGCUCAGAAGAUGAUUCUCAGCCUGACUGUAGCCGCCUUCUUCGACAGCGCAGCAUAUGUCAUGGGUGAAACCCAUCCGGAGGGAUCUCUGUGCGACUUCCAGGCCUGGUGGCUGACAUACUUCGACUGGUGUGCCUUGGCCUGGGUUUGCCUCAUUACCCUGAACCUGUACCUCAACCUGGUCAGGGAAAUGAGCACCGAGAGAUUUGAGAAGUUCUACCAUCUGGUGGCGUGGGGGGUACCGCUGGUCAUGGCCUCUUUGCCGCUGCUGAAGGGCUACUACGGCCCCGCGGGAGCCUGGUGCUGGAUCACAGACGGUCACGUAGCCUGGAGAUUUGGGAUAUGGUACGUGCCUCUCUUCGGCCUCAUCUUCAUCAUGAUCUGCUGCUACGCCAGAAUCAUCUGUGUGGCCAAUAACAGAAUGCAGUCCUGGCGGGGAACCUUCAACCCCGAGCGAGAGAGACGAAAGGUUUCCUUGGCUGAGGAGAUCAAGCCGCUGAAGUGGUACCCCUCCGUCUACCUGCUGGUGUCCAUCUUCCCGCUCGUUAACAGACUCCAUAAUGCCUCCUACCCUAAAGAUCCCUCGUUCCCGCUCACGCUCCUGCACGUCCUGUCGGCGCCGCUGCAUGGUCUGGCCAACGCCUUUGUUUUUGGCCUGGACAGGGAUUGGUGGAGUCUGCUGAGCCCGACUGGAUUGCAGCUGGCUCUGCAGUCACGGCUCUGCGAUCGAACGCGAAUCGGAGAGUACUACCCCGGGGCGGUGCGCUACACACAGGCAGGCCUUAUCGACCCGAGCGACGACGACGACGACAACGACACCAACGUGCUUUUCUACUCUCCUGACAUGACCCUGAAAGAUCGAGGUCCUUGAGAAGGGAGCGAGGAAGACAAAAGAGCUGGAGGGAAGAAGAAGCACAUAGGAGGGUCAGAGGCAGAGAGAGAAACACGGUGGAUUAGAAACUGAGAGAGGGGGGGUGAGCGAGGCAGGGAGGGAAGAUUGUGGGGACAGUCAGGCAGAUAGAAGCCGGAGAUGAGCUGUCAGGUUCCAUUAUUAAUCCCCAUCCUUUACUAUUUAAUAUCCUUAAGACACCCACCGCACAUACAGAGCAGAGCUCCAUUUCUGUGCGACACGACUAUCGGAGAGCUCUAAAGAUCAGCCUAAUGUUAGAGGCGCCUGCUGCAUCCCGAAAGGACUCGGAAUGAUUUACCUCCCCUGAAAACCUCUGUUUUCCACUGCAUUCUGCAGCACUUUAGCAUGCCAGAAGG